AUGCCGUUCGAACUCCCCCCGCUGCCCUACCCCAUGGACGCCCUCGAGCCGUACAUAAGCAGAGAGACUCUCGAGUACCACUAUGGGAAGCACCACGCGGCUUACGUGAACAACUUGAACAAACUCGUCGAGGGCAAGCCCGAGGCUUCCAAGACCCUCGAGGGUGAGAUCCGCCCCAAACCCUAA